UUUCUCCCAAAACUCCACCCAUAGCGCUGUGCGAUUGGCCCGGAGCACUUUUUGCUGACUGUUGCUAUCGGGAGCAGGGCACCAAUUGAGGGCUAAUCUUGGAGACGGCGCUGGAAUGUUUUUGGAGAACCGAGCGUCGCGACGCUCCCAUUAGGACGCCGUGUGUCUGCGGCGUCGGUCAGUGCGGGGUACCAAUUUACUAAAAAAAAAGAACUUUAGAAAAAAAAAAUCAUCAUCAGGACGCCGCUGAUAAUGAUUUUUUUCACGCUGAUUCUCUCGGACCAAAGUGCAAAAAUUCUAUAGUGCAAAGUGCUCCGUUUAGUUUCGCGGGUUGAUUUUGGUGGGUCAUCAUGGUAGGGUGGAAACAAUAUGACGAUUUCGAGGAACCGCCGCCUCUGAAAAAACCCGUCGACUUGGAUGACGUCAGCUUAGAUAGUUUGCCCGAAUAUCAACGACCACCGCUCAGAAAAAUCGACCAUUACAUUAAAGCAGAGAUACCCCACUUGACUAGACGCGCCACCGUCUCUUUACUAUGCUGCAUCGGAUUUAUUAUCAUGUUUGGCAUGAGGGAGACUAUGGGGAUGGUCAAUGCUGAAAUUGAAGGGGGCAAUUCGAUAAAGAAAGCGCAAAUGUCAAAAGGCACGAUAUCUGCCAUCGAAUCGGCGAUUUUCUGGGGCUACUUCAUCACCCAAAUACCGGGUGGACUGAUCGCGGCCGCUUAUCCAGCCAACAAGCUUUUCGGCGCCGCUAUCGGAUCGUCGUGCCUGUUGAAUUUUUUCGUGCCCGCCCUGUACGACAGCCCGACGGGACUGAUCAUCAUCAAAGUUAUGCAGGGACUGGUAGAGGGCGUCACUUAUCCGGCCUGUCACGGUAUUAUGCGACAUUGGGCGCCACCUUUGGAGAGAAGUCGCUUGGCUACCGUCGCUUUUAGCGGUUGUUACGCUGGUGUAAUGUUUUCAAUGAUGAUCUGCGGUCUCCUUAUGAAAAAUAUUAGCCUUUUCGCCCCGUUUUACUUCUACUCUAUAAUGGGUAUUAUUUGGUACAUUUGCUGGUUGUGGCUGGUAUUCGAAAAGCCCGCUUUGCACACCUGCAUCGAGCCCAAGGAGCUUAUUAUGAUUGAAAAAUCUUUAGGUACUCAACAACAUUACACAAAUCCAACAUUACGCAGUACUCCUUGGAAAGCCUUUUUUACGUCGUUGCCCUGCUACGCCAUCUUUGUUGCUAAUUUUUGUAGAUCCUGGAACUUUUACCUUUUGGUUUUGUUUCAAGCCUCGUAUUUCAAAGAAGCCUUUGGCACUAGUACUGCCGAGAAUGCUUCUUUAGGUGCCCUACCUCACUUACUAAUGACCUUAAUAGUACCGGCAGGCGGAAUAAUGGCCGACAAGCUGCGCAAAAAGGGCAUUUUAAACACGACGCAGGUGCGCAAGCUUUUCAAUUGCGGUGGCUUCGGGCUCGAAGCCACCUUUUUCUUGGCCAUGGCCUACUCGCACACGACUCUGCAAGGAAUGACCGCACUGACGAUAGGUGUCGCUUUUAGCGGUUUCGCCAUUUCCGGUUUCAACGUCAACCAUUUGGAUAUCGCCCCGCGAUAUGCCAGUAUUUUAAUGGGGUUGUCGAACGGCAUUGGUACGGUAGCUGGCGCGAUAGUACCGAUUAUCAAGAACAGUGUGAUUAUUAAUGGGACAAAAGAACAAUGGCGGGUCCUGAUAAUCCUCUCAGCAUUCAUCCAUUAUGGCGGCAUUAUAUUUUACGGAAUAUUCGCCUCAGGAGAGCUACAACCGUGGGCGGAUCCUACUGUUGAAGAAGAGAAGCAAUGGAACCAAAUGAACGAGACGGUACCGGUUGCCAAAUACACUAACCCUCAAAACGGCGGUUUGACAAACUACGGCGCCGCCAUGGAAACUUCCUUGGAACGACCCGUCGUGCCUCCUCCAAGACCUCCAGCUCCAAGGACACUGUCCCAGGAAGGAAUCGUGCCUCCCGCUAAUCCGUUUUUGGGCGGGGCAGUGUCCAGAAAUCCUUUUAGACAGGAAACUGUACAGCCGCAGGCCCAGGACACGUAUUUACACGGAUCGAUAGAAGAUAGGAGUUAUUAAAUUUUUUUAGCAGUUUAUUUAUCUUCUGAUAAACUGUCAGGUAUGCAAUCUGGCGGAUUAAAACGAAAUCUGUAAUCUCAUUGGUUAUCCGCUAGCCAAUAGAAUUAUAGAACGGUAAAUUUAUUUUGCAGAUAGUUACCUACCAGCAAAUUUAUCUUAAGAUGAAUAAACUAUGGGAGUAGGUAUGUGUAAUAAUAAUUUGUAAUUUUUCUGGUCAUUACUAUUAAGCUUCAAACUCAUUAUUUGUAAAAUAUAAAUAAUUAAAAUACUGUCCUGUACAAAUAUAUCGAAUCUUUUAUUGGUCAGGCGAUAAUAAAUGGGGCGUAGCUCAAAAUUAAUUAUUACAAUAUUUGACAAUACUAAAAUAAAAGGCUUAAAACUUCGAACAAUAAUAAUUAAAAGUGAUUUCGCACUUGUUAAAAUUUGCAUCAAAUGUAGGUGUAAACGCAGUCGAUUUGUGGCUCAGUUUACAUCACAAGUAAUAUAAUUUUAAUGCAAUUGUUAGACAUAAACUGGCACGCAUAAAAAAAUUCUACAUAUUAUACAAAAACAAAUAUUAUAAUAUAUAGGAAAUAAUUAUAUUAUUAUAGAUAACGUUGUCAAUUUGUAUAAUAUAGAGUUAGCUAUUUAUUGACAUUAUUUAUUUAAUAAUUACGCAUAUAAUAUGCUACUUGUAUAUAAUACGUUUGUUAAUUAGGUUAUUACCACCCCUGGAGAUUUCUCUCGCGUACGGUAAUAACCUAGUUACCACCCUUAUUAUUACAUAAAAUACUAUUUUUUUUUUUUUGUAAAAUGAAUAGGUACCUAAUAAGUAUUUGAUUUUUUUUUAAAUGUUUGAAAAUACAUAAUAAAAAAAUGACAAUAUUAUAUCAACAAAAAAAAUAAAUACAUGUUUAGUAAUUAUAAUUAUUAGUCUAAGUAUUACAAUAAACAAAUUAAUUAUUGAUAAUAAAAAUUGAUAAUAAUUUUUUAAGGUGGAAUGCCUUGAGGCUGUGCUGACAAUAAGGGGGCUCAUACCCCCCAAAAAAUAAUAAUAUUUAAGUGAUAAGGAUGUUAUAAAUCGUACGGUGUAAACGCACUCAAAAUGCACAAUAAUCAAUAUAAAAUUAGUUGAGCGGGUUUACACUGCAAAUAAACAAAUUAAUAGUUAUAAUAGGGGUAGUUGCAAUAAUAAUAAAAUAUCGAUGUUUCUUGUCAUAUCUUCUUGAUGUACCUAUAAUAUACAGGGCGACCACAAAACAAACAAAAAAAAAUGUCUCUAUUUUGCGUUAUUAGCGUACCUGUUUCUUCAAGCAAAAAAAAAAGGUUGCCAUUGGAAAUAA